GGGUGUGGAGCGCCGAAGGUCCCCGGGCCCGGUGGGCUGUGGCGCCUUUUUCUGCACACCCCCCUGAAUUCCUUCGGAGGGGCGAGCUGGCCAGCGGCUCCUCCCCUCCGAGCGCCUGGGCUUGUCUCCCCUCCCCCACGUUGGCAGCGGCAGGGGGUCCCGGGAAGCGCCGUUUAUUCAUCUGCGCGAGUUAGGUUUCCGGGAAGGGUCGGAAGUGCUUCCUGACUACUUCGUGGGCAGUGGAGUGGGUCACUGGACUCCGCGGGGGUGGAAAGCGCCCCUGGUUUCAAGGACAUGAGAAGCAUUUAGAGCUUUGGCAAUUUAAACCAGGUGUUAGAAAACUACUCAGAUGCUCCAAUGACACCAAAACAGAUUCUGCAGGUCAUAGAGGCAGAAGGACUAAAGGAAAUGAGAAGUGGGACAUCCCCUCUUGCGUGCCUCAAUGCCAUGCUACAUUCCAAUUCAAGAGGAGGAGAAGGGCUAUUUUAUAAAUUGCCUGGCCGAAUCAGCCUUUUCACACUCAAGAAGGAUGCUGUGCAGUGGUCUCGAAAUGUAGCUGCAGUGGAUGGAGAAGAGCCAGAGGACUCUGCUGAUGUGGAAAGCUGUGGGUCUAAUGAAACCAGCACUGUGAGUGGUGAAAAUGACGUAUCUCUGGAUGAAACAUCAUCGAAUGCGUCCUGUUCUGCAGAGUCUCAGAGCCGGCCCCUCUCCAAUCCCAGGGACAGCCACAGGACUUCCUCACAGGCAAACAAGCAAAAGAAAAAGACGGGGGUCAUGCUGCCUCGUGUUGUCCUGACUCCUCUGAAGGUGAACGGGGCCCACGUGGAAUCUGCAUCAGGGUUUUCAAGCCGCCUUGCCGAUGGCGAGAGUGGCAGCCCAUCCAGCAGCAGCAGCGGCUCUCUGGCCUUGGGUAACACUGCUAUUCGAGGCCAGGCUGAGGUCACCCGGGACCAUGCCCCACUCUUGAGAGGCUUCCGGAAGCCAGCUACAGGUCAGAUGAAGCGCAACAGAGGGGAAGAGGUAGAUUUUGAGACACCUGGGUCCAUUCUUGUCAACACCAACCUUCGUGCUCUGAUAAAUUCUCGGACCUUCCACGCCCUGCCGUCACACUUCCAGCAGCAACUGCUCUUCCUCCUGCCUGAAGUGGAUAGACAGGUGGGGACAGAUGGCCUAUUGCGCCUCAGUAGCAGUGCACUCAAUAAUGAGUUUUUCACCCAUGCAGCUCAGAGCUGGCGGGAACGCCUUGCUGAUGGUGAAUUCACUCAUGAAAUGCAAGUCAGGAUAAGACAGGAAAUGGAAAAGGAGAAGAAGAUGGAGCAGUGGAAGGAAAAGUUCUUUGAAGACUACUAUGGACAGAAAUUGGGUUUGACCAAAGAAGAAUCACUGAAGCAGAAAGUGGUCCAGGAGGAGGCCAAAACCAAGAGUGGAUUGUGUGUUCCAAGAGAAUCAUCACGACCUCAGCGUGGGCCCACCACCCGUCAACGAGAUGGGCACUUUAAGAAACGUUCUCGGCAAGAUCUCCGAACCAGAUCCAGAAGGAAUCUGUACAAAAAACAGGAGUCAGAACAAGCAGGGGUUGCUAAGGAUGCAAAUUCUGCACCAGAUGUUUUACUCUCCAAAGAUAAGGAAGCUAAGACAGACUCAGAAGGGGUGAGCAGUUCCUCUGCAGCAUCUGAACAGGAGGGGCCCAAGUGUCCCAGUGAAUCUGUGGCUUCGCAGAUCCAAUCAGAAACAGACAACUUGGCAUGUGCCUCUACAUCUUCAGACAGAAUCCCUAGCUUACCUCAGGACAUUGUGGCUCAAGAGACAAAGGAUCAGAAGAGGAAAUCCUUUGAGCAGUCAGCCUCUGCAUCCUUUCCCGAGAAGAAGCCCCGGCUUGAAGAUCGUCAGUCCUUUCGUAACACAAUUGAAAGUGUUCACACCGAAAAGCCACAGCCCACUAAAGAGGAGCCCAAAGUCCCGCCCAUCCGGAUUCAACUUUCACGUAUCAAACCACCCUGGGUGGCUAAAGGUCGGCCCACUUACCAGAUAUGCCCCCGGAUCAUCCCCAUCACGGAGUCCUCCUGCCGGGGUUGGACUGGUGCCAGGACCCUCGCAGACAUUAAAGCCCGUGCUUUGCAGGCCCGAGGGGCAAGAGGCCACCACUGCCAUAGAGAGGCGGCCACCACUGCCAUCGGAGGGGGGGGUGGCCCGGGUGGAGGUGGCAGUGGGGCCAUCGAUGAGGGAGGUGGCAGAGGCGGCGGCGGUGGUGAUGGUGGUGAGGCCUGUGGCCACUCUGAGCCCAGGGGAGCCCCCGGUACCUCUGGAGAGAGUGCGUCAGAUCUACAGCGAACACAACUACUGCCGCCUUGUCCUCUGAAUGAAGAACACACUCCGACUGAAGCUGUCAUGCCCAGAGCCAGAGGAGAGGACUUGGCUUCUCUCAGAAAGGAGGAGAGCUGCCUGUUGCAGAGAGUCCCAGGUGUGCUUACAAGUGGGCUGGAAGAUGCCUCCCAACCUCCUAUUGCUCCCACUGGAGACCAGCCAUGCCAGGCUUUGCCCCCAUUGUCCUCCCAAACUCCAGUGACUGAGAAGUUAGCAGAGCAACCUAAGUUGCUUCCAGAUGGUAGAACUGAGUGCGAGUCUGGUAGCACUUCCUGGGUUAGAGGUAGAGAGGAUCAAGGAUCCACUUUCCCUUCAGAGAAUGGUUCUGUACAGUCUCCAGUGGGAGAUGUAUUAGGAGGAGGAAUCGACCAGGCCUUUGAUAAUACUCCCAGUAUGAAAGAGCUUGUAAAUGUGGCGCCUGCUUUUAUAUCUGAAUUGCCAUUGGCUAAGUACCUACAGGAUAAACCUGCUGAUGAUGGAUUAGGACUCAGUGACACUGGCCCUCCCAUAAGGGAAAGUGAUAGACAAGAAUCUUGGAAAACUGAGGCUUUUGCAUCUGGCAGUGCUACCUCCUGGUUGCCCGUUCUGUCAAAUUAUGAGGUAGUGAAAGAGUCUGAGCCAGAAUCUAGAGAGAACACACCACUUCUGGAGCCCCAGGACGGAGAAGAAUGGGAGAGAGCUGUUCCCCUCAUUGCUGCCAUGCCUGGAGAGUUGACGGCCACAGAAGGUGUGCCCCACACUGAGAAUUGCACUUCCCUCUGGACAGCACCUCCUCCGAGAACCAUGGACAGCACUGGCCAUGAUGGUGAGCCAGUAGAUCUUGAAAGACUGGAGAUGAAUGGCAUCUCUGAAACACCGAGUCCUCACGGUGAGUCUACAGAUACAGCCUCUGACUCUGAAGGCCACCUCACUGAGGACAGCAGUGAGAUUGAUGAUGCAAGUCAAGCCACAGCGGCAAAGGGGUUGUUGGUGCACAGGAGUGGAAAGCCGGACUGGGACCCAUCCACCUCACUGUCCAAGGUGAGCAGUAACCUGAGUGUGCUUACAAGGACAGAAGGGAUAGUGGCUUCUCAGAGCUGGGUGGCUAGAGUAUGUGCAGUCCCACACAAGAUGUCAGACUCCCUGCUACUGUCCAGUACUGAGUGCCAGCCCAGGUCUGUGUGCCUGCCCAAGCCUGGUUCUUCAGCAGAGGUUACCAACCCUCUUGUGAUGCACCUCCUGCAUGGUAACUUGCCUCUAGAGAAGGUUCUUCCUCCAGGUCACAGAGGCAGCAAGCCAGAGUCUCCACAGCUGCCACUUAGAGAGCAGAGCCAGGAUAGAGUUGCUGUACAAGAUACUGGGGAAGACAAUCACCUAGUUGCCAGAAGCAGCCCUGGUUCUGCACUAGCUUUGAAGGAGUCUCUUCUGGCCCAGAGCUAUGCAGCAAGCACUGGUCUUGGCAGGGCAAAGGCCUGCCAGGCUCCUGAAAUGCCCCAGAAGAUUGCCAAGAUGGUUCCAAAUUUAGACUCUAAGCAUCCAGUAACAGAACUGACACCCUCCUCUGGCAACCUGGAAGAAAUAGAUUCCAAAGAGCAUUUCUCUUCCUUCCUUUGUGAAGAGCAGAAAGAAGCCCAUUCCCAGUCCCAGGGCAGUGAUCCAGGUACUGCCCCAGGCCAGUGUCCAGGAGAUCACACUACCUCCGAAGUGCCAUGUUUCUCCUCUGCAAAUGUGAGCCUCUCCUUUGGUCCUGAGCAGACAGAAAGGACCCUGGGUGGUAAGAACAAUGCUGGUGGCCAAGAGAAGAAACUGUUUGGCCCUGGGAAUACAGUUACCACCCUUCAGUGCCCCAGGUCUGAAGAGCAGACACCACUACCUACUGAGGGCCCUCCAGUUUUUCCCAGUAGGAAGAUAGAACCAAGCAAAAACUCCAUAUCUGAUGGCAAGCAGACUGCAAGGGAAGACUGGACACCAAAGCCACCGCCUGGCCCUGCUGGUGGCCUCAAGACAGAGCAGACAUUCUCAAGGGGUCCCCAUAAGACAGAUGCAGAGAAUAGAAAAGCUGCAGGGUAUAGUCCUCUGGAACUAGUGGGUCACUUGCAAGGGAUGCCUUUUGUUGUUGACCUACCUUUCUGGAAAUUACCCAGAGAACCAGGGAAAGGGCUAAGUCAGCCCCUGGAGCCUUCUUCUAUCCCCUCCCAACUCAACAUCAAGCAGGCUUUGUAUGGGAAGUUUUCUCAACUCCAGCUGAGUCCCACCAGCUUUAAUUACUCCUCCAGCUCUGCCACCUUUCCCAAAGGCCUUGCUGGCAGUGUGGUGCAGCUGAGCCACAAAGCCAGCUUUGGUGCAGGCCACACUGCAUCACUCUCCCUGCAAAUGUUCACUGACAGCAGUUCGGUAGAAAGCAUCUCUCUCCAGUGUUCAUGCAGCCUCAAAGCCAUGAUCAUGUGCCAAGGCUGUGGAGCGUUCUGCCAUGAUGACUGCAUUGGACCCUCAAAGCUCUGUGUAUUGUGCCUUGUGGUGAGAUAAUAAAUUAUGGCCAUUGGAAACAUUGUAUAUUUAGUGUGUGUAUUUUAAUAAUGGUUGAUCUUAAAUCUGUAUACAGAAUAUCAUUGAUAUAUUGAAAUCCCUAGGUGAGAUAAAUCUUGCCUCCCCCCUAAAAUUUAUAGUGCUGAAGCCCACGGUCACUUGACACCCUUCUGGUCUUGCUGGAAGGGUUUUUGGGGAGGGGGGAUGGAGCUGUGGUUGCCCACAACCAGCCAGCCUAAACCCUCUUGUAGUCAGGCAGUAUAGUGUGACAGGGCAACCUGUCUGACACCCAAAUGGAGUUGUAAUUGAAGCAGGAAGGUUGGGUUCUCCAUGGAUGAUGGAACUCACCUACCUGAGCUGAGCAGGAAUGUCAGUCUUCCACUACCCCCCCCCCCCCCCAUCAUCUUCUGCUACUUUGCUUGGGGAAUUGAUAGUUGCGGAAGCCACACAGGGUUAAAAUAACUUCCAUCAUUGCCCACCAGGGGAUCAAACACCUGCUGACCUUGAUGUCAUAUUUCUGUCAUUUACCAGUUGAUGGAGCCAAGUUGACUUUUGGUUCUGGUGCUUCACCCAGUUUGGACCUUUUAUCUGUCUGUAACCCAUGGAUCCAUAGAUUCUUUUGGAAGCUUGAAUAGCCCUUCUUGGACAGUGGGGUCUGGCAAUAGGGCUGUCUGCUAUGGAAAUGCUAUCUGUAGACCUUGAGAGUCAGCUACAGAUGUUUGCAGCCCACCCCUCACAUUUGACUAUGGGAGUGGGCACCCAUGCACCUAUGUAUGUGAAAGUCAUUUUACAUUUCCAAGCAGUCUGUUUCUUAUUUUUAUAUUUUUAACUAUUCUUGGAUGUAUAAAGUGAACUUUUUGGCUUCUGUAAGUAUGCUCUAUGCACCUCCGAUGUUUUAUCCUGUAUUUAUAUGUUGUACACAAUACUGGCCAAUUCUGUAAAUGGAUGGAUUGUACAGAGAACAUGAACGCCUCUUCCUUAUUUUACGUCUUCAGCACCCUUGAUUAAAAUGGUGUUUACUUCUGUGCACCAGUUGUCAGAGCCACUGAGUGCUGUGCUGCCUGAUGUGAGAAGGAAGUUACUGACUUGUGACCUAUAAGGUUGGCCCUGUGCCUUGUCACCUGUCACCAAGGAAUCUACCACAGCUUACAGCGCCACAGACAGCUGCUCACACACCACUGGGCAAACAUGUCUUGUUCCUUGUAUCUAUUCUCUUCCAGCCUUGAGUGGCUGCUCUGCUGCCAUAUAUGACAAAUUGCCAUCACCAGUGUUAAGUGCUUCUGGAUUCAUGGAUGAGUUCCUUGGGCGGCCCCCAGACAGGCCUUCUGGAUCUGGCUCCAGGGUCGUCACCUGUCAAAGCAAUAUUGGGGAUCACUAGGCUCCUUUUGACUUACUUUGGACAGUAGGUUUCAGGGGAACAAAGCCAUGUCUGCUGCCUGCCUCUCCUAACGUGUUUCCAUCAAGAGACACCCUUAGUAUGUGUCUGACCUCGUCCCAGUUCUUACCCUGUUUCUUGUAUCAGUUGGGAGUCCUUGUUUGAUUUCGCUGUCUCCUUGUGUGAGUGCUUCUGUAUGAAGUAUAAAACGUUGUGUGCCUUGAGCGAAUCUCAUUUUCUCUGUAAGCUGCCUCUCUCCCAUUCAUCUGAGGUGGCUCUUUUUUUGGGGGGGGCGUCCAUCAAGUGUGAGUGAGGAUGGUAGUGGUGUGAUUUAAAUUCAGUAUUGGCCAAGUUCAUGUUGUGUGCUCAAAAAGUCUCUACCAAAGACCAGGAGCAGGAGCCAAGCAUGUCCAGUCUUCUUCUAAGACCUUUGGGGUCUCAGAAGUGAAACUUGACAGUGGUCUGGUCCAUGGGGCUACUCAGAAAAGCGCUGCUCUUGUAUGUCUGAUUGGUAUUGGAAAAAUAAACCUGUACAACCUGC